GAUUUAUUUAUUUGACAAAUAUUCUCUUGACCGUUUGUGCUAACAGGAAGAAUGCUGGAACAUUGCCUCACAUUUUGCCGCUCCCUGGUGAGGAGGAAGAAUGUGGACCAGGACUGUCUGGAGGAGUCCAAGCUGUGCCGCUGCCUCUCCACUGUCGAUCUCAUAGCCCUAGGGGUGGGAAGUACACUGGGGGCCGGUGUCUAUGUGCUCGCUGGGGAGGUGGCCAAAGGCAAUUCUGGCCCCAGUAUUGUGGUGUCCUUCCUCAUCGCAGCUCUAGCAUCUGUGAUGGCCGGCCUGUGUUAUGCUGAGUUUGGUGCGCGGGUACCCAAGACGGGCUCGGCCUAUCUGUACAGCUAUGUGACCGUGGGGGAGCUCUGGGCCUUCAUUACAGGAUGGAACCUCAUUCUGUCAUACGUCAUUGGGACCUCUAGUGUGGCACGUGCCUGGAGUGGGACGUUUGAUGAGCUUAUUGGGGGCCACAUUGAAAAGUUCUGCAAAUUGUACUUCAAAAUGAAUUUGCCUGGCCUGGCAGAGUACCCUGAUUUCUUUGCUGUCUGCCUGAUCUUACUCCUGUCAGGUCUUCUCUCCUUUGGGGUGAAAGAAUCAGCUUGGGUCAACAAAAUUUUCACAGCUGUAAAUGUGCUUGUGCUGAUCUUUGUUAUCAUCUCUGGAUUCGUCAAAGGAGACGCGCUCAAUUGGAAUAUUUCAGAAGAAUCUCUCAUAAACGUCACCAUUGUCAGAAGGAAUCUCUCACACACUGCUAAUGUCACCAGCGAUUACGGGGUAGGGGGCUUUUUGCCUUAUGGCUUUAGCGGGACACUUGCUGGUGCGGCCACAUGCUUUUACGCCUUUGUGGGAUUUGACUGCAUUGCAACCACAGGUGAGGAGGUGAAGAAUCCCCAGAGGGCCAUUCCCAUCGGUAUAGUUGUUUCCCUGCUGGUCUGCUUCCUUGCCUACUUUGGAGUGUCAGCGGCACUCACCCUCAUGAUGCCCUACUACCUGCUGGAUGAGAGGAGUCCUCUACCUUUGGCUUUUGAAUAUGUGGGCUGGGGGCCUGCGAAAUAUGUAGUAGCGGCAGGAUCGCUCUGUGCUCUCUCAACCAGUCUGCUGGGCUCCAUUUUCCCAAUGCCGCGUGUAAUCUAUGCUAUGGCACAGGAUGGGGUGCUUUUCAAAGUGUUAGCCCAAAUCAAUCCUAAGACGAAGACCCCUCUUAUUGCUACAAUGUCUUCAGGUGUAGUUGCAGCUAUCAUGGCUUUUCUGUUUGACUUGAAAGCGCUGGUGGACAUGAUGUCUAUUGGAACUUUGCUGGCGUACUCAUUAGUGGCUGCUUGUGUUCUUAUCCUCAGGUAUCAGCCAGAUGCUGCGUUCGAGAAGUCUAGGAUCAAUGAAGGCAAGGAAGAUGUUGGUGAGUCUGAGCUGACAGAGUCUGAGUCUCAUCUGAACAUGCUGAAGGAUAGAGGUGUAACCCUGCGCUCUCUGCUCAACCCUCCACUGCUGCCCACUGAACAGACCUCCACUGCCGUCAAUGCAUCUGUUAUCAUCAUGGUGCUUAUUGUGUGUGUUGUGAGCACACUCAACACAUACUACGGACAGGCCAUUAUUGCCAUGGAGCCUUGGGCCCUGGGGGUCUUGGUCGCAUCUUUGUUCAUCUUCAUCCUGUGCAUCCUUCUAGUUUGCAGACAACCUCAGACGAGGAAGAAAGUUUCCUUUAUGGUUCCUCUGUUGCCCUUUCUACCCAUCUUGAGUAUAUUUGUCAACGUGUAUCUCAUGGUUCAGCUCAGCGGAGACACAUGGAUCCGUUUCUCCAUCUGGAUGGCCAUAGGCUUCCUCAUUUAUUUUGGAUAUGGAAUGUGGCAUAGCGAUGAACGCAAGAGGCAUAUACAAAACUGUGGUGUUGCAACGGAGAAAAAAAUACUGACAUGCAGUGUGGAGUAUGUGACACACACAGAGAAGACUAGCCCAUGUUAAAGAGCAGCAGACAAACUGACAGUAUCUAGCUGUUGUCUACAGCAUUCACCAACCAGCUGACAGACCUGAGCUCUGUGUAUUCAGCUCUGCCUUUACAGUCACUGCCAUCAUGAACAAUCACUGCAGCACCUCUCAGUGCUCAUGCUCUCGCUCACAUGUGUUGUGAUCAUAUCAUGUACAUUAGGGGUGCAUGGUCUGACAAUGAUUA